UGUCGGACGCCUCCCAAAGCUCGCUCGAUUUAAGCAGCAACAGCCCACUGCGCCCACCGCGCUCCACCUCACGCGGGCAACGGGGCAAGCAGGCGGCGCCGGUUGAGCCACGAACCGAGCACGCGACGCACCCUUGCCGUGGGCGCCGACGGCCGCCCCGCAGCACGUACGCGGAAACCACCCCGCAAACAGGAGCCACGGGCUUUGCGCGCUGUGGUCCGCAUUGGAGCCACGCCGGGGCGGUGGUCGCUGCUGCUGCUCGCACUCGCGGAGACCGCCGCGCGAGCCGCAGGAGGCGGAGCUAUCUUCAACUUGGAUCCCCAAAGUGGAGCGCCAACUGGUCAAUGGUAAAUCCCGUAUUCCGUUGUAGGUUCACGGUGACAAUCUUGAUCAAUUACCCACUAUGGAUGGGAUUCCCAAGAACUCUUACCGGUGGUGCCCUUUGGCACCUUAAUUUCAGUGUUGCUUUCCAGAGUUAAAGGUCCCAAGAGCUCGAUCGUAUGGAAAUGAGAGUUAGUUUGAUGCAUCAAGUUUCUAACAAAUUAGAAGUAUUCUGAAAUGGGUGCUAGAGAUGAUGGGGAAGGGAGAGAUGUGAAGAAGGGGGCUGGAUCAGAUUAUGUACCAGCUAGAGACGAAAGAGUUUCAGGGGUUACAAAGAAGCUCAGUAAAAAGGAGACGAAAGAAAAUAGCCCCCGCACGGCCAAAAGCAAUUCCAGCCGUCAAACUCAAAACAAGCUGCAACAUAAAGGAUCAAACAAUGUUCAGAGCAAAUCCCAGAAGCAAAAGAAAACAGUUAAUGCUGCUAAAGCUGUUGAAGUUAGAAAACCAGAUAUUGCAAGAGUUCCUUCUCGCCCUCCAUCAGAAUUUUCUGAGGAAACAGAUGAUAUAGUCAGCGAUGCUGGAACCAUUGAUGAUAAAGGCAAUGAGGAGGCCAAGGAGAUUGAUGUUUUAGAUGAAGCUCCACACUGUGAUCAGAGUACUGGUACUGAUGAUGAAAUUCCUGACAUCGAAGAGAAGAUAGAUGAUCACGACAAAUCAGUUGUAGUUCAAGGGAAUGGGGAAUUAGAGUCAAAAAUUGACAAGCUGGAACAGGAACUUCGUGAAGUUGCUGCUCUUGAAGUUUCACUAUACUCUGUAGUGCCUGAGCAUGGAAGUUCAGCACAUAAGUUGCACACCCCAGCUCGGCGUCUUUCUAGGCUGUAUAUUCAUGCAUCCAAGUUUUGGUCCACAGAUAAGAGAGCUUCAGUAGCAAAAAACACUGCUUCUGGCCUUGUGCUUGUUGCGAAGUCGUGUAGUAAUGAUGCUUCAAGGUUGACAUUCUGGUUGUCCAAUACAGUUGUCCUCAGGGUAAUAAUUGCACAAACUUUUGGCAUCUCACGUCAAUCAACUCCAACGAGGACGAUUAUGAACGUUAAUGGUGGUACUGACAAGUUUGACGGGAAAUCCAUGACAAUGCUAGGGAAAAAUAGCUCUGGCAAACAAGCCAAACUUGCUGCCAUGCAGAUGCCAGAUGAUUGGCUGGAAACAAGUACACUUUUGGCUGCAUUGGAGAUGAUUGAAUCUUGGAUAUUUUCUCGGAUUGUUGAGACAGUGUGGUGGCAGGCACUAACUCCUCACAUGCAAACCCCGAUGGAAAGUUCAUCAACUCCAAAGGCUGGGAGAGUGUUAGGUCCUGCUUUGGGUGAUCAGCAGCAGGGAACCUUUUCUGUUAACCUCUGGAAGACUGCAUUUCACGAUGCAUUCAGCAGAAUGUGUCCGCUUCGUGCUGGUGGACAUGAGUGCGGUUGUUUACCAGUAUUAGCAAAAUCGGUGAUGGAGCAAUGUGUAGCCCGUUUGGAUGUUGCAAUGUUUAAUGCCAUCCUUCGCGAAUCUGCAAGCGAGACACCAACGGAUCCUAUAUCUGACCCAAUUGUUGACCCAAAAGUCCUGCCAAUUCCAGCUGGUGAUCUAACCUUUGGGUCAGGCGCGCAGCUGAAGAACUCUGUCGGAAACUGGUCGAGAUGGCUGACAGAUAAGUUUGGCAUGGACGACGAUGAGUCUGAGCACAUAGGAAAUGAUGAUGAUGAAAGAAGAGGUGCGGCUGAAUCAAAAUCUUUUCAACUGCUUAACGAAUUGAGUGAUCUCCUGAUGCUCCCAAAGGACAUGCUUCUUGAAAAAUCUAUCAGAAAAGAGGUCUGCCCUUCGAUUGGCCUUCAAUUAGUGACAAGAAUCCUGUGCAACUUCACCCCGGAUGAGUUCUGUCCUGAUCCUGUUCCAAGCACAGUCUUAGAGGAGCUGAAUUCUGAGAGCUUGCUGGAGCGCUGCACUGACAAAGAUGUGAUCAGCGCAUUUCCGUGCGUCGCUGCUCCUGUUGUGUACCGUGCGCCUUCAGCAUUGGACGCGGCGGAGAAAGUGGCAGACAUAGGAGGCGGCGCAAAGCUGGACCGGAAAGCGUCAAUGGUGCAGAGGAGAGGGUACACCAGUGAUGACGACCUGGAUGACCUAGACUCUCCCCUUGCAUCCCUAACUGAUCGCAGCGCUCCACCUUCGCCAUCUAACGGUAUUGCACAUUUUGGUGCUCAGAGAGGAGCUUCCAUGGAUAAUGCAAGAUACACGCUCCUAAGGGAAGUAUGGUCAGAGCGGCGCUGAUGAUGAAUCUGUAAUAUAAAAUAUAAAAUCUCUUCUACAGUUGCCUUAUAUGAUCGAAAAGAAGGCGCCUUUGAGUAGGCCCCUCAGCAAUAUAUACAGUGAAAACUCAACCCUUUCUUGUACAGUACAGUCCUGUCAUCGAAUAUAUGUUGCUCAUUUGUAGAAUACAAGCAAUUCAGAUAUGAAUAGUUCUGUUGUCACUUGAAGAUAAAGAUUUGCACUGUCUAUGGUGCAAGCUCGUGAAAUGAAACUAUGUUUACCUACCCAUCGU